AUGCCGCCCACGGCGUCGGGGCGGGUCUCGAAGGCCCGCAAGCACUCGACGCCACACCAAAAAAACCACCGAUGGGAAUCGUUCACGACAAAGAUCUCUAAGCUGAACUCACUCGACCCUUUGCGCAAAGUGCGCCGCCAUGACCUCGACGACGAAGACCUCUCUGCGACAACCUCAUACCUCCGAAAUGGCGUGGUCAAAUGGAGCGACCUCAACAUAUCCAAGUCGUUCACCAACUUCAGAAGGGAAAUCAUGCCUCUCUGCGAGACCCUCCCGCAGAUCCUCCACUUUCAGGACAAGAUCAUGGAUCUCCUGGCUACAUACCUCGGCGCACAGGAUAGGGAGGCCUUGGAACCUCUGCUAGACCUCCUUACAGCAUUUGCGCAUGAUCUCGGAACAAAAUUCGAACAAUAUUACCAGAGGAGCCUGGAACUUUUGGUCGCUAUCGCAAGUAAACCACAAGAUGUCGACGUGAUCGAGUGGAAUUUUGGAGCAUUCGCCUGGCUCUUCAAGUACCUAUCAAAACUGCUGGUUCCGGACUUGACACCGACGUACGACAUGCUAGCAGGCUUGCUGGGGAAGCGGAAACACCCCAUCCACAUCAAUAGGUUUGCCGCCGAGGCGAUGAGUUUCUUGAUCAAAAAGGCUGCUGCACCCUCUAACCGCCAAACCGCUCUACCUCGGAUCGUUGCACAUGCGAGGGAUGAUUUGCAGGACUUGGCUAGAAUCAUCGCGCGAAAGAACCAGGACACUGAGGGAGACGUGGCCGAAUACGAGAUGGAAGCGGCCUAUAAGACCAAGCAGUUCGAGGCGUACCGAGAAGGAAUCAUGACCAUGUUUUCAGAGGCUAUGAAAGGACCCGGAACCACGCUUCACUCCACAGCGACCUACCUGUUCGACGCCCUUCUUGACUCUGUGCCGUCCAUAGAGCUUGAGGCUGGGAGCCCAACGUGCUGGACGGACGUCUGCUGCGGUGUUCUCACCAACAUUGUUCAUCAUUCAACCGCCGAUUCAUUCCAGGUCUUGUCCGAAUCGAUACUAGAAGCUGCAUCGACACGGAUGAAGAGUGACGGCCAGGAUAAACCUUACGGUCUCUCCUUGUUCACGCGUCUUCUCGGGAUCAUGGCCGGUGUUCGAAGUGGCUCUAGGCUUAAUGAUUGGCGGCCUGUCGUCAAGACCCUCACAGAACUGCUUCAGAUGCUGUCCAAAGACGCCGAAAAUAUUUCAAAAUAUGCUGCAUCAAUAGUUUGGGACAGUGUGGUGGCAAACGCAGCCAUCUGCUGGACCCAGGCACCGAUGGAUGCGCUCAUGCCUUCACUCAACGACUUCAAUAAGGCAAUGACGGGAGAGCCUCUCAUGCGGUGGUACAUACCAUUCUGCGGUUAUCUGGCUGAAGUAAAUGGAGCGAGAUUCCGGAGUCUGUUUCAAAAGCCGUUCCAGAAAUUUAUUGCGGCUCACUGGUCAGAGACUGGUAACGAGGAGCUACUUUGUGUGCUACUGCCAAAAUUGGUGGCCUGCGGCGCCUUACCUGCUGGCGGAGACAAAGAGGGCUGCUCCCUGCCACAGUCAUGGCAGGACCAAAUUGUCAGCAAGUUUGAGGAGCUGGGAAAUACGCCAUUCCCAGAAACAAACACCCAAAGCAAGAACCCCGACGUCUGGAGGGAGCAUUACUUGCCAAAGUACGCUGCACUGCUCCGGGUCUUGGAGUCAACGAACGUGCACCCGUCCACCAACGCCAGGAUCGCCGAGUUGCUGCUUAAGAAGUUGAAACUCGCUUUGCGACCAUCUGAGUCUCUUGCGACCGAGGAAACUCGAUUCAUCGUUACACAAGGAUUUCUCGCAUACCUACGAAUGAGCAAAGCAUCCGGCUCUGUCGAUGGAUCACUGAGCCCGUUGCUGAAAGCCGCGGCGCCACGCUUCUCUCGAAGUCCUUCGUUCCUACAAGCCCUUUUGGGAUAUGAAAAGGAGAUGCGAGCCAAGCAAAAGCCUAGUGGCAAGGAAGCUCCCAUUACUGAGCACGAUCCCUUCCUGCAGUCACUCGUCAACAAUCUGGCGAACUCGUCCCGACCCCUCCGAACUGUAUCCCUGAAGGUAUUCGAAGUACUGCCGUCCACUCCAGAUCAGGAUUCUUGCCUGGCAACUAUGAUCUCAGUCGAGGAGUUGCCUUUGGAUCACAACAGCCCUCGAGCGAUUGCAAUUCAUCUACGACGGCUUGCCAAGUCCUACUCUCAUCUCGAUGAGAAGUCAUGGUUGCGGCAUGCCAUUCCAGCGUUCCUCUUCGGGCAGCUCACCGUACGACUGGCCCCCAUCUGGGAUGACGCUGUCGAAGCGCUCAAGCAGAUAGCCGAGCAUAAGUCUGCUGGUGAUGUUGUGUUCAACCGUGCCCUUGAGUGGCUUCAAAUCCCCUCACCUCGCUGGACUCCAUCACAAUUCUCGUCGAGCUCUGUUAGAGGGACAGCCUCGGAUUUCGAGUGCUCGAAUCUGACCGGUCUGAGAGAACAAGCUCAGGGGAUCAGUGAAGCAUUGGACGCGUCCUCGAGCAUCUUGUUGAGAAGCUUUGAGGAUGAACAAGAUGUACCGCCUGAUCACGUUGCCAAUGCAAGGGGCAAAGCGCUCAAAGUCCUCUCAGGCAUUCCCUCUUCGGCAGAAAAGAGAUCAAGGAAGAUUGUGCCGUUUCUGCUCUCUCUGGACGAAGCACAUGUCCCUUCGUCUGAAGACGAAGACGAGGACAACUUGCUACCCGAAGACGAUUUCUGGUCCCUACCGGACCGAAAAGCCCUAAUCAGUGUUUUCGCGCAAUUCGGCAACCCCAAGGUUCUCUACAGAAGCGCAGACGUCUACAACACACUUCUAAGCCUUCUGGCAAAUCGCGAGAUGGAAGUCCAGAAGCUCGCACUAAAGUCCAUAUUGGCUUGGAAACAGGACGGCAUCAAGCCAUACAGAGAAAACCUAGAAAAUCUCCUCGAUGACGCUCGCUUCAAAAAUGAGCUGACAGUCUUUCUGCAAGACGAGGACUUGAUACGGGACGAACAUCGAGCGGAGCUGAUGCCCGUUCUUUUGCGCAUCCUAUACGGACGGGCUACGGCUAAAAAGGGUGCUUCGAGCGGUCGGAAUGGGCUCCAUGCAACUCGCUUGGCAGUGAUUCGAAAUCUGUCUCUUGAAGAUGUUGGAGGAUUCUUGGACAUCGCACUUGGCAACCUCCGCGAUGUUCGCGUUGUAGAUGGGUCGGGGCUCAAGCAGAGUCUGUUCCGGGAGGAGAGGAUCACUGCCCGCAAGAUGGUGGGGUUGCUUCACAUGGUCGAUUCUGUCAUCAACGAACUUGGUGCGAGCGUUGAGAGGUAUAUGGGUCCUCUUGUCAACGCUGUCCUGUACUGUCUGUUCUCGGCUUCUCGCAACCUACAUCAAGCUGAGCGCAGAGACGAAGAGGCAGAUGACGACGCCAGUGUCGACGAGAACGAGACGGGCAGCACCUCGCUGUUCAGAGUAGCCAGAACGACGUCGUUGAAGUGCCUCUGCGCUUUGGUCAAAAAUAACUCGAAUUUUGAUUGGACCCCAUAUCAAGAGGCAAUUGUUACGGAGAUCGUGGCCCCCGUCGUCGACCAGCCUGUUGGGGAGAUGGCGCAGGGCAUUUCUUGGACUUGGAAGCUUCUGGACACCUGGUCGCUGUCGACCCAGACUGCGCCUGCCCUUGCAAUCAACGAUAAUGUCAUGCCCAAGGUUGCGGAAUGCGUUGGUUUUGAGAAGAGCAAGACCGAAGUUCGGAUCUUCGGUCUCGGAAUUGUCCGGAAUCUCGUCAAGCUUGCCCAAGCCCCUGAGACGGGGACCGAGUUUGACGGUCUCGUCAAGGCGCAGGUCCUCGAUCCCAACGCGGACAAGAUUCUCAGUGUGAUUGGCGACUACUUGCACGGUGGACACGAUAUAGACAUCCGGGUUCUGGAGGCUUGCAUUGACACGGUGGUGGACCUUUCUUCUGUCGUCGAUGGCUCGCGAAACGCCCGCAGUCUCGUUGACAUCUCGACGCACUUGUUGAAUCAGCCCGCGCGGCGUGUGAGCCCGAAGAUCAAAGGAUCACUGCUUCUGAUUUUGGAGCAUUACGUCGUUGUGGAUGACAUCCACAAUGACCCAAUCCUGAAGAAGAGCGUACUGAAAACACUGUCAGGUCUGUUCAGCUUCUUCAAAGACAAGCGAAACAGGGAAUCGCUGUCAAAUGUCCUACUGGCCUAUGCGACACGAGAUGUUACCGUGCAAGAUGUUGCUCGAAUCUGCGCGGAACUCAAUUCAUAUGUCGCAGAAAGACUGGAUGAGCCGGACUAUGACCGUCGACUUGCGGCCUUCAACGCCAUCACCCAGAGAGAUACGGCUUUCACCAUCGAGCAAUGGUUACCGUUGCUGCACAACGCGGUCUUCUUUCUGCACCACGAUGAGGAAUUUGGAAUUCUAUCAUCCAAUUCAGCGGAUGUAUUGUGCAGACUCGUCGAUGCUACCGCGGAAGCCUGGAGCACAGAGAUGCAACCAGCUUAUGUCGAGCUUCUGAACGAGAGCAUUAUCCCAGCAAUCCAUGCUGGCGUCAGGGAACUAUCAGAGACAGUACGCCGCGAGACCGUGAGGCUGCUGAGCCACACGGUGAGCAAGCUCAGCGACUGGUCUUUGGUCAGCGAUCUCUCUGUAUUGCUACCAGCAAAUGAAGAGGAAGCCAACAAAGCCUUCUUCAUCAAUAUCCUUACUCCAUCCGUUUCAAGGCAAGUGCAGGCUGUGCAGACGCUAAGCUUAGCCAGCGCACGCCAUGAGCUCGGCAGCAAGAACAUCAGCCAGAUUCUUCUGCCGCUGUUGGAGCAUUUUAUCUGGGGACGUGCCGGAGCCGAUGAUCACGGGCUGGGGGCGCAAGCUGCAGCCACGAUCGCCAGCCUCGCUGGAUCUCUUGAGUGGUCUCAGUACAGAGCGACGCUGCGAAGAUAUAUAUCGUAUCUGACGUCCAAGCCCGAGCUUCACAAGCAAGUCAUCCGUCUUCUCGACAAGGUCGUUGACGCGCUUGUUUCAGCUGCUGAGAGUGCCAAUGAAUCGACAAUGGAGGUGGACGAGGUCAAAGUGACCAAGCACCGUCUUGCCCGGUCUUUGCCAUCUACAGAGAAAUUGACCGAGGAGUUCACAACCAACUUCACGCCACCACUAUUGGCGCAUCUCAAGGACAAGGACGAGGAGACUGUGAGCGCAAGGGUUCCCGUGGCCGUCAUUCUCGUCAAACUUCUCCGAUUGCUGCCGGAUGAAACCCUCAGCCUACAGCUCCCAAGUGUCCUCACGGACCUCUGCCAUAUCCUGAGGAGCAAGGCCGUGGAAGCUCGAGACAUGGCGCGGGCCACUUUGUCCAAGAUUGCUUGUAUACUGGGACCACCAUCUUUCGGUUUCAUCCUCAAAGAACUGCGCGGGGCGCUGAAGAUGGGAACCCAACUGCACGUGCUUUCGUACACGAUGCACACUCUUCUCUUGGCCGUGACACCAGAGUUCCAGCAAGGAGACCUCGAUUACUGCUUGGAGUCGAUGGUAGCAGUGAUCAUGGAUGACAUCUUCGGAAUCAGCGGCCAAGAAAAGGAUGCAGAAGGCUACGUGAGCAGGUGGAAGGAAGUCAAGAGCAGCAAGAGCCAAGACAGCAUGGAACUGAUUGCGUCGACUGCCUCUAUCACUCAUCUUGUGGAGCUGGUCAAACCGCUUCAAGCCAUGCUACUGGAAAAGCUUGACCUUCGCAUGGCGCGAAAGAUAGACGAGUUGUUGAACAGGAUUGCAUCUGGUCUGCAGAAGAACCCGGCCUCUGACAGCAGAGACACGUUGGUCUUCUGCUAUGAAGUCAUUCAGGAGGUCUACAAUAGCCGCAAACCCACGGCCGAGAAGAAGAUUGAUCCCAAACUGAGACGGUAUCUGAUACAAAGGGGGGCUAAGAGGGAAGACCGAGGCGCUGCAAGCAAGCACACCCACAAACUGAUGCGUUUUGCCCUGGACAUUCUCAGGUCUGUUUUGAAGAAGCGCGAGACUCUGCGGUCUGCAAGCAACAUCAGUGGCUUCAUUGCCAUCCUCGGCGAUGCCAUUGUGGCAGGCGAGGAAGAGGUCAAGAUUGCGGCCUUCAAACUCCUGACUGUCCUGGUCAAGGUUCCGUCCAAGACCAAUGAGCUCAACGACCUGUACAAGGUCGCCUCAAAGGAUGCCCUGAAGUGCAUCUUUCAGGCGGUCUCUACCGGCUCCGAUCUUGCGCAGACCGCCUUGAAGCUUCUGUCCGUCAUACUCCGAGACAGGCGUGAGAUUGUGGUCAAAGAUGCCGCUAUCGACAUGCUACUCGGCAAGCUCAAGGACGAUCUCACAGAACCACUGUACCGCCAUGUCACAUUCAAGUUUUUGAGGUCAGUCUUGGACCGCAAGAUUGAAACUGCUGCUGUCUAUGAUACACUGGACUACGUCGGUACCGUCAUGAUCACCAACGACGACAAGAACACGCGGGACCUGGCUAGAGGUGCUUUCUUCCAAUUCUUGAGAGAGUACCCACAAAAGAAGAGCAGAUGGGAUAAGCAGGUCGAUUUCAUCAUCGCCAAUCUCAAAUAUCCUCGCGAAGGUGGUCGAAUAUCGGUCAUGGAGGUGUUGCAUCUGUUGCUGACCAAGUCGGCUCCGGACUUUGUCAAGGAGAUUGCGGCAAGCUGUUUCUUCCCGUUGGUCAUUGUGAUUGGCAAUGACGAGAGUGAAAAGUGCCAGCUCGUUGCUGGUGUGCUCAUCAAAGAGAUCUUCAGCAAAGCCGAUCCAGCGCACAUGAAGGAGUUCUUGGACCGGAUGAGGGCCUGGGCGAAGAAUCAUGACAAUACCUCCGUAUUAAAAUUGGGGUACCAGAUCUGGAGCCUGUACUUCGAGGCGUUGGAAGCGAGCGAGAAGGACGAGAAGGACGUGAAGAUGCUCAUUGGUAGCCUCGUGACUGUCUUCGCGGGUAAAGACAAGGAGGAUUGGGAGCUUGUCAAUUCUGCGCUGAACCUUGUGCGAGUCCUGGUCGACAGGCACCCUGACAGAAUGCUAUCCACCGCCUCGGAGGAGCUGUGGGCCGGCGUCUUCCCCUGCAUGUCUCACGAACGUCCAGCUGUCAAGCUCAACGCUGUUAAACUGCUGGCGACGUACUUGUCUGAUUUUGCCGGCAACAAGGCAGCACUGACCAAGGGACAGUCUGUUGUUGGAACAAAUGGCCAGACGCUCGAACAAGAGAAGACUUGGGAGAUCAUCAGACUGCUGUUGGGAACUUUGCGGGGUCUUGAGGUCGACGAGGAACUGGCGCGGGAAAUUGUGCAGAUCCUAGUCCCACUUACACGUUUCCUAAGCAAUGCAGCAGCCGAGGACGACGGUGAAGCUUCCGACCAGGAAGAAGGCGAGGACGAAGACGAAGACGACUUCUUCAAGGACGGCGAGGAGGACGAGGAGGUCAAGAAGCCGGGCACAAUGACCAUGCGCUACGUCUUCUCCCGGCUGGCCGAAGUCGUCCGUCGCGAGACGCCGCCCAGGGCGCCGACGCUCGUGUCCAAGCUCGCAGCUGCCGAGGCGCUGGAUGUGCUCUGCGCCAGGAACGACGCGGCGACGCUCGAGCCGUCGCUGCGGACCAUCCUCCGGCCCCUGCGGAACCUGACGGACCCGAACAUCCCGAUGCCGUUCUCGACGGACGAGCUCUUCAAGGAGCGGCACGAGGCGCUCAAGACCAAGGCGCAGCAGAUCAUGGACGCGCUGCAGGAGAAGCUGGGCACGGCCGAGUACACCAAGCAGCUGCUGGCCGUGGGCGAGGAGAUCAAGGGGAGGAGGCUGCAUCGGAGCAGCAAGAGGAAGGUGGAGGCCAUCACGGCGCCGGAGAAGUGGGGCAAGGAGAAGAGGCGCAAGCUGGACAGCAAGAAGAACAGGAGGAAGGCCAUUGGGCUGGAGCACCGGAGCAAGCGUAGGGGGUAUUAG